UUCCCAGGUCCCAGGAGUCCCUCCCUAGUAACUACGGUAGCUCCCUGUGUCUCCCUUGACGCAGUAUUAUGAAGACAACUUAUCAGGGUGAAGGAGGGUGGUGAGACGAGCACACUGUCUUGCCUCAACACUGCUGACUUGUUCCAGGCUCGAUCACUUUCCUCCUCCACACUUGGCGCUUCAGUCCUUCCUUGAGCAGUAACCUAAAGGAGGAGGAUGCGUGUGUUACUGUUGUGUGGGCUGAUUGUGUUGCUGAUGGUGACUCUCACAGCCACAGCACCUCGCACCACCUCAGAAAUCAUAGAUGGAAAGCAAACAACCAUUGCUCUAGCCGUUGCCCACUUGUUGAUUGGUCUGAUCCCCAACGAGACGGUGCAGGGCCUCCUCGUCACGAUCAUCGACGCCCUCACUCAGGAAGACUUCGACUACUGGGAGGAGGUGAAGGACGAUGUCACGGCUCUAGUGGGUCAGUAUAUCAACGAACACAACAUGCACCAGGUCGAAGUCUACCAGAAUGAUCUGGUCACCCUCAUGGACAGGUACAACAACGCACCUGUGUCCAGCGACACCUACCCAGACAAGAACCAGCAGGCAACAGCACUCUCCACCUCCAUCGUCACCCACCGGUACCUGAUCGAGGCUGCAGAGUUGCCACAGUCCAUGAUGCUACAUUUCGAAGACAUUUCCUCUAUCCACGUAACCGUUCUCAAGGACGUGGCGGAGACGUACUCAGUUGAGGGUCAUCCACCGUCGCGUUGGUGGGUCGAUCUGGAUGAAGAACUCGAUCACUACAUCGGCUACGGCAGGGGCCUGCAGGUGGACCUCAGGGACUGGCGCCUAGGGAUGGUCAUCUGCUCCGUGGACGUCGUCGGCGUCUUCAGGCGUUACGACGUGUAUACUGCUACGGACCUGGUGACGGGGGAGGUGUCGACAUGCCAGCAGCUCCAUGGUGCCGACGACUGCAGUGACCACUGUGCACUCUUCAGGCAACACAAGGCUAACGAAGUCCAGGUCUUCAUGGCAGCCAAGGUCGAUGAUGUUUUAUCCUCAUGGGAGCUGCUCAAGAACAUCUCUUCAGUGUAUGCUGCAACAUCUUCAAGGUUCUACGAUCCAGUCCGAGAGCGUUAACGUUCAUCAAUGACUUCGGUUGAUGUCAGUCCAGGUGACACAGUGAUGUUACCAGUACCAGCGUCACUGACGAUCGUGUUACUGGAAGGUUGACAACAUCGUCUCCAGAUGUGUAUAAAUGGUGUACUUUAAAUAAACGUAAAAACAUU